GCGAGACAAUCGACGAGGUAACAGUGCAGGGGGUGCUCCACCGCAACACUGCCGCGAAGCGGAAGGAUCGCAGCUCGACGUAUGCUUUCAGAAAGCGGCUUGUGACGGUUUGUGCAAUGCUUGCCGAUAUGGAGAGUCUUUUCCGUGGCAUUCUCCGGGCAUGCAUAAAGAAAGACCUAUUGCCUGAGCGGUCGGACGAGGACCGGUUCACGCCAGCAUACAAGCUUAUAGGCUACACCUUGCCAGAGUGCAACUUUGUGCGAGAGCCGCGGCCGUGGCAGCUGCCAGGAUGGAAGUCACCCUGGAUGCUGAAGUGGGAGUGGGAAAAGUGGCGGAAGCUGACUGGACGCAAGUGA